AGAUACGAAGGCGAAGGAGUGGAGAAAACCCUAAUCUCUCUUCCCUCAAUUUAGUGAAGCGGCGAAACCAGCCGCGACUGCAAAUUAGUCGUUUUUUGUUCAUCUCUCCGACGGCCAUAUCUCCUUCUCAAUUUUUACAAGCCGCUACUGUGUUUGCCGCCCUUCUUUCCAGUGCAAUUUAGUGAAAUGGCGAAUAGCAAAUACGAAUAUGUGAAGUCAUUUGAGGUGCAGGAUGUGAUCAUGCGGCCCUACACCAUCAUCAUCUAUGUUCAUGCCCGUGGUUUCUGCAGGUUUUCUGAAGUGCAUGAGUUUGAGAAACCAAAUGACGUGAAAGCAUUAGAGUUAAUGAACGAGUGUGCCAUUGCUGUUAUGGAGCAGUUUCCAGAUGUUAUAUUCUCGUAUGGUUGCGCUGGUGAGCACAGUUUCAUAUUCCAAAAGAAAACCAAGUUCUACAAGCGGCGCAGCAGCAAGAUAAGCUCUGUUAUUGUGUCUUUAUUUACAUCCGCUUAUGUUUCCAAGUGGAGGGCUCUUUUUCCUCAGAAAGAGUUGAAAUAUGUCCCUUCAUUUCGGGCUCAAGUUAUUUGCUGUGAUGAUCUUCAAGCAUAUAUUUUAUGGCGACAAGAUGAAUGUCACACAAAUAAUGUGUAUGAUACUUGUCUUUGGCAACUGAUUAAAAGUGGAAAGAGUAAAAGAGAAGCACAAGCCACUUUGAGGGGAUCUCUUAAACAAGACAAAAAUGAAUUUCUUUACCAGUGUUUUAACAUUAAUUACAAGCAAGAUAUCCCGGAGAUGUUUUGCCAUGGUACAUGCAUUCUCAAGACAAAGGUGGAGUAUAUUGAUGACUCCCAUGUCAAAAGAUGUGGGAGGAAAUUUUUAACAGUUAACUCGGCAAAUAUUGCAUCAAAAAGAUUUUGGAGUGAAAAUGGGUGUUUAUCGAAAGGUGAGCUGGCACAAUUUCGUGAAGAGUUGAACAAAACUACACCUGAGGACAUCAAAUCUUUCCUACACGAGAGCAGAUUGAUGUUGUGCACCUGGAUUGUUGUUCGCAUUGAUGGUUGUCAUUUCCACAGGUAACUAGUUACUUCAAUUG